AUCGGGAGCGGCGGCGGGGCCGUGUCUCCGUGCGGACUGCCCGGCCUGCCCCGCGCCGCGUGAGGCGGCGAGAGGCCCCGGGAGCGCCGAGCGUCCUGCUCGGCCGGCGCUGCUCCCCCAGCCCGAACAGGGAGGAUCCUCCUCCUGUGGCCCCUCAUCACCGAGCGUGCCUGGGGCUGGACACCCAUCCUGGUGCUCAGAGAGCGCUUGACACCUGUAGAGCUGCUGUUACAGAAGCAAAUAAUACUUCUUUCUUACCCCUGCUUCAUAGUUUGAGAUAUUGAGGCAUGGAAAGUUUAGAGUAACAAUUUCAAGAUGUCAGGUGGUCCAAGAGUCUCGUUCAAUGCAAUUGAUUCUGCUCUUUCUUCUCUGAAAAACUGCCAGUCCUACAUCAACUCUGGAAUGGAUGUGGCUACUCAGGUUGCCCUUGACCUUGUGGAAAGUUUCAAUGAUGAAGAAGAUAUUAACAAUAUGGAAGAAGUCAUGUUAGACUUUGCUAGAAUGGACAGAGAACUUAAUCAUUAUAUAAAAGCAUUUGAAGAAACCAUAAAUCAGGUAAAACGAGAAAAACCAGAAAAUUUACCAGAUUUAGAAAACAUGGCGCGAGAAAAAUUCCUUGAAAUGGAGAGCAUGAACAGUGACUCAGAUUUACAAAGGAAUGAAAAAUAUAUGUAUUUUAAGGAUCAACUUAAGGAGAUGAAAAAACAAUAUCAUGGUAAUGACACCAUUGAACAAAUUGAUGAAGAUAUAGCUGUGACUCGGAGUCAGAUGAACUUCAUUUGUCCCAUUACACAGGUGACCAUGAAGAGGCCAGUGCGGAACAAGGUCUGUGGACAUAUUUAUGAAGAAGAUGCCAUUCUAGAAAUGAUCCAGACUCAAAAGCAGAAAAAGAAAAAAGUCCGAUGCCCUAAAAUGGGCUGUAGCCAUGUUGAUGUAAAAGGAGCAGAUCUUGUACGAGAUGAAAUACUUAAAAGACUGAUUGACAGUCAGAAAAAACAAAGCUGGUCAACACUGGACACAUGAGCUGGAUAUGCUACUGCCACAAAGAAAAUUUGUUAUUAGAGGUCUUGUGAGAUAAGUUGCUGAUUCUAAACAGGUUGUAUAACUGAUUGUUAUUUGUUAAGUGUUUCAGUUAUAGGCAAAUCAUUGUUAAAUGUUUCAUUUCUAGCCAAAGUUGAAGGUCUCCACUGUAACUAACUGAAAGCAUUUUUUGAACUCAGGAAUAUAAGGAAUUCCAGUUAAACUUGUUUGGUUUUUUUCUACCUUUCUGAAUUUCUAAAAGCUUGCAUUUGGUAAAUAAAGUAUGUUUUGCAGCAUUUAAA